GAGAGCUUAACUUCAUUAGAAACAACCUUCACAGAAUACCUCCCUCCCUCUCUCUCAAAACCAGAUACAAAUGGCUUUCUCUAACUCCAUGGCCGUUUUAUAUGUGCUUCUGGUAGCGGUGCCCAUGGCUGCUUUCACCUUGGACUGGCCGGAUAACUUAGCUCCUACUAUUGCCGCUGAAAUAUGUAAACAAGUUGAGUGUGGAAGGGGAGCAUGCAAAUUCGACAUGAACGAACCAUUAGGUUUCACCUGCGAGUGCGAAGCGAACUGGAAGCGUACGUUUGAUGGGGACGACGAUCUGAAGUUUCUCCCCUGUGUCAUCCCCAACUGUACGCUGGACUACAACUGCCAGCCAGCUCCACCUUCAGUUCCUAAGAAAGAAGUCCCUCACAAUUUAUCUGCCUUUGAUCCUUGUUACUGGUCUUACUGCGGAGAAGGUAACUGCGUAAGGAACAGCACGUACAAUUACGCACCCAUCUGUGAAUGCAAAUCCGGCUCCUCUAAUCUUCUCAACGUCACAGCAUUCCCCUGCUACAAUGAAUGCACGCUUCAACCCGACUGCGCGAGUCUAGGAAUUAAGGUUGCAAACUCAAAUUCCCCCACUGGCUCUGGGAAUGACAACAGUCAAGCCACAUCGUUCUUGCCCGGAAAGUUCCAGUUGAUGGCCAUACUGACGGUGUCCGUGGGUAUGAUUCUGAGGAAGUAGAAUCGAAAGUCCGGUUACACGAUUGUGAAUUACAUUUGUUCGUUUGAUCAUCCUUUGGUUUCAUAAACUUCAGGUUCGUUUUGUUGUGAAUUACAUUUGUUCGUUUGAUCAUCCUUUGGUUUCAUAAACUUCAGGUUCGUUUUGUUGUUGUAACAUCGCUUCCAUGUUUCACCAGUUCAUCAAUUUGUAUAAAGUCAGUUUGUGUAAAUAAAUCGACGCAGUCAUAGCCCCACGACUGUCAUACAUUGCACUUGUAUACAGAUUUUUAUGUGUACAUACCUCUUACGGAUCAUCUAUCAUUGACAGAGCAGAUUUCUACAAGUA